ACUGGUCCUGCAUGCAAGGUGGGAGAGUCCGGCCGGACCCAGCCAGCGUCCGGCAGGUGGCUUCCUCGACCUCAGACGGAGAAAGUCGUCUGACAGCACGCUUUCACCUCGUCAAGAAGAGAUGCUUGGACGUCUGCAGGUCUAAAGAUUCGUUGAUUAGUUCUCCAGACGCGUGAAGAUGUGGGAGCUGGUAGGAAAGCUGGCCGUGGUGUUGUUUGUGGCGCGGAUAGGGUGGUCGCUGCUGAAGGGGAUAUACGGGUCCUUCUUGGGAGCUGCUCUCCGUCUUAACCUCAACCUCAAGAAGACUGGCGAGUGGGCAGUUAUUACUGGAGCGACAGAUGGUAUUGGCAAAGCUUACGCAUUUGAAUUUGCCCGUCUUGGAUUUAAGGUUGCCCUAGUCAGUCGGAAUCCUUUCAAGCUUCAGAAUGUGGCAGCGGAGAUCAACAGCAAGUAUGGUACUGAAACAAAGAUUGUUGAUGUUGACUUCACCAAAGAAGAUAUUUACAAUCGAUUGGAGUCUGAACUUGGGAAAAUGGAUGUUGGCGUCCUGGUGAACAAUGUUGGCAUGAGCUAUGAAUAUCCAGAAUAUUUUACAGAGAUUUCUGAGUGUCAAAAGAUGUGUGACCAGUUAAUCAACUGUAAUAUAAAGUCAUUAACUCACAUGACUCGCAUCAUACUACCUGGCAUGGCAAAAAGGAAGAGAGGCCUCAUCAUGAACUUGUCAUCUGUAUCAUCUACCAUUCCAGCCCCAUUGCUUGCUGUAUAUGGAGCAUCCAAGGCAUAUGUGCAGAGCUUCAGCGAGAGCCUUGGCACAGAGUAUGGUAGUAAGGGCAUUACUGUGCAGUGUGUAAUGCCGGGUUUUGUGGUUUCCAACAUGUCCAAGAUCAGACGACCCACCCUCAUGGCUCCCUCACCUACAGCAUAUGUAAAGUCUACUUUAAGAACUGUUGGUAUUGAAAAAUGUACUGCUGGUUAUUUCAUGCACAAGAUACAGCUCUACUUCAUUGAAGUAGCAAAGAUGCACUUUCCUGGGUGGAUCCUUACAUACAUUGUGUUCCGGCAGCUGAAAGCCUUCAACAUUAGGGCUCUCAAGAAGAGGCAAAAGCAAGCCAAAGCAGAGUGAGAUCAGUUUUGUUGUAAAGUGAGGCACAGUUUAAGAAAGUUAUUAUUAAUUGUUCCCUCCAGGUCAUUAGUAACUGAUUUACAUUAAUUGCCACUGAAAAUGUGUACAGUACUAGUAUUUAUCUUAUUCAACUUUGUUUACAGAAACUAACACAAGUCUAGUGAGGAAUAUGUGAAGUAAUUCUUAGCAUACUAAGUCAACUCAGGUCAGUGUUGUAAUCUGUGAUGUGCAGUUUGAGAAGUAAGCGAUCAGUAAUCACAUUGCAGUAAUGGGGGAAAAGUCUUAAAUACUGUAUAUAUAUAUAGUAUUGUAAAAAAUGUAUCUGCUGUAUGUAACUCUGCCACAAUUUUUCACAAUACAGGUAAUUACAUUUUAGAAGAUGAAUUAAUUUAUACAGUAUCAAGAAGUGUUUGGUUAAUAUUAAUUCUAACUUUGUAGUAAUGUUUCCUAAUCAACUUAUCUGCACGUAAUGUUUCAUAAUCAACUUUAUCUGCACGUAAUGUUUCAUAAUCAACUUUAUCUGCACGUAAUGUGUCAUAAUCAACUUUAUCUGCACGUAAUGUGUCAUAAUCAACUUUAUCUGCACGUAAUGUGUGAUUUCUUAAAAGUUAAUCAUAUGUUAAUGCUGUUUAUGUAGUACUUCUGAAAACAUAACACUUAAAUUAAAUGUUAUAAAUAGUUUUGUAUUGUUUUUACAUUUACAGUCAAUAAUGUACAAAAAAUAAAUUUUGUUGUAAAGA